CAAAAGCUCCAGCUCGCCGCUGCAGAGCACAGAGUUCAUUAGCGUAACACGAUGUCGGAACACCAGCGGGGUCUUGUGUAUCUGCUCACCGGUGCCUGUGGGUUUCUCGGCCAGCAUUUACUGAGAAUUCUCCUGGAAAAGGAGGACAGUCUAGAGGAGAUACGGGUGUUUGACAAACGCGUAGAUCCGACCUUGCAUGAUCUCAGCACAGAGCGGACAAGAGUGGUUGUCAUUCAAGGAGAUAUCACGGAUUAUGAAUCUGUGUUGGAGGCCUCCCGUGGAACCGAUGUUGUCAUCCACACAGCCAGCUUGGUUGAUGUUUGGUACAAAGUCCCAGAGCCCCUCAUCUACUCUGUCAACGUAACAGGAACAAAGAAUGUCAUCAAAGCCUGUGUGGAGUGCGGCAUAGAGUGCCUCCUCUAUACCAGCAGCAUGGAAGUGGUCGGUCCCAACAUCAAUGGAGAUCACUUUAAGAGGGGCAAUGAAGACACACCUUAUACAGUGAAACACAGCAUGGCCUACCCCAAGAGCAAGUCAGAGGCAGAGAAAAUUGUGCUUGAUGCUAAUGGCACCAAGGUUAAGGGUGGUAAGCACUUAUACACAUGCUCACUGAGGCCAACGGGGAUCUAUGGCGAGGGGCACCAGCUAAUAAAGGACUUCUAUAAGCAGGGUGUUCAAAGGGGAGGCUUGAUUGUUGGAGGCAUCCCAGAUCAUGUUGAACACGGUCGAGUUUAUGCAGGCAAUGUUGCCUGGAUGCAUCUCCUUGCAGCCCAAGCUUUGAGAGAGCGCCCAGAGAAAGUUGGAGGAGAAGCGUUCUACUGCUACGAUGACUCACCCUACAAAAGCUACGAAGAUUUCAACAUGGUGUUGUUCUCAGAGUUUAACUUUCGAAAGGCACGGAUACCCACAAUGGUGUUAUGGUUUCUGGCCAUGUUUAAUGAUUUGAUGCACUGGUUACUAAAACCCAUAUACAACUACACGCCGCUGCUGAACAGUUACACCUUGGCCGUUGUUAGCACCACCUUCACAGUGCGCACCGACAAAGCUGAGCGUCAUUUCGAUUACCGCCCCUUGUACAGCUGGGAUGAAUGUCUGGCCCGCACAAAGAAAUGGAUUAGCACAUUUCCUUCAGAAAACUCCAAAGACUGUUGAUCUGAGCUCAACCACAGCAACAUUUAUUAGAAGCUGCUAUGUAGACAGACGGAUCGCAAUACGUAAAUAAUGCCUGUUGUCUAUUAAUGUUGUAGAGAAACAAGCAGUACUGUGCCUUACAGUAGGGACAGUGUAUCAGAGCUUUUAUACAGAG